AUGGACAAGUUGAUUGGAGCCCUGCCGGUCAUUGAUAAAGGAGCAGUGGUUGAAGUUGACAUUGAUGAGUACAUCUUCGGUACACAUUUGAGCUUCUUGUUGGGAUGGCUUGUGGGUCCCUUCCGCAAGCUACGCGCGGUGUCCAUCAGAAGUCCGGUGCCCUUCUCAUCAGAAAAUAUCACAGACCCUAAGGUCCCUCCCCGAAGUAUGUGGGUGGCAAUCUUCCAGCAAUGGGCACGCAGCUGUUCUUCGCUGGAACAUCUGAUGCUUAACUGUGACCCGAGGGAUGUGAUCCGAGCACUACCCGCCUUUGAAAAGAUGUCGAGGUUAUGGUUGGUGAUCCCCACCACCAGGCAAGACAUGUCAGCCACGCAAGUGUUGGAAGACUUGGCUGACUGCUCAACCUCACUGCCAGCUUUGGAGUCUAUCCGGUUAGCGAUUGAAUCUGGCAGUGUGGAGCUCGCGCCCUCACUGCAACGCUGCCUGACUGCAUUUCCUGUCACUGGUGUGACGAUCGGCUCUUUGCGCAGGAGGGGCUGGGUAAGCCCGUGGGCGUCGGACGUGGCCCGGAUCGCUUGGCCUUCCACGUGCUGGUCAGUUUGCCUUGACAUCGCGCUUUCAGGCGAAGACUUGUGCAACUUGGCCGAGCAGCUCUCCCUCAGUAACGUAAGCUGCCUGCGCGUGUCUCUUUGCGCCGACCCACCCGCUGCAGCAGCGGCUGUUGAAACGUUUCUGGCUUCCUUGGACAGAUCCCAGCUUGAUGAGGUUUACGUGAGCGUCCUUCACGAGCCUUCAGAUGAUUAUCUCAGGGCCCUGCGAAAUGGCGCUGCAAGCCUGAUCCGAAACUUGCAGCUACUGCGGGCGCUCGUGAUCAGUGAUGAUUCGGAAGAGCCUUUGUUGUUGGGCCUCGACAGUCUUGCUGCAGAACACGGCGUGUCGCUGACAGACUCUGGUUAG